CUCGUGAAUCUAGGGUUCUUUUAAAUCUCGACACAAACACCAUACGUUCACGAUCCUUCCACCUUUCUACUCGAAUCUGCAAUCAAGGUAUAUACAAAACCAAAAAUGGCGACCAAGAAGAGUGUUAGUAGUCUGAAAGAAGGAGAUCUCAAGGGGAAGAGGGUUUUUGUUAGGGCUGAUCUCAACGUACCAUUGGACGAUACAUUCAAAAUUACUGAUGAUACCCGUAUCCGUGCCGCCGUUCCUACCAUCAAGUACUUGAUAUCUAAUGGCGCCAUAGUCAUCCUCUCUUCUCAUCUGGGACGUCCAAAGGGUGUCACUCCAAAGUACAGCCUGAAGCCACUGGUGCCUAGGCUCUCCGAACUCCUUGGACUUGAGGUGAAGAUAGCAAGUGACUGCAUAGGUCCAGAAGUUGAGAAACUGGUUGCUGAGACCCCAGAAGGGGGUGUUUUGCUCCUUGAAAAUGUGAGAUUUUAUAAGGAGGAAGAGAAAAAUGAUUCUGAAUUCGCGAAGAAGUUGGCAUCCCUAGCUGACCUGUAUGUCAACGAUGCUUUUGGCACUGCACAUAGGGCCCAUGCAUCGACUGAGGGUGUGACGAAGCAUUUGAAGCCUUCUGUUGCUGGUUUCCUCAUGCAAAAGGAACUUGACUAUCUAGUUGGAGCUGUAUCUAAUCCUAAAAAGCCAUUUGCUGCAAUAGUUGGUGGGUCAAAGGUAUCCAGUAAAAUUGGUGUGAUUGAGUCAUUGUUGGAGAAGGUCGACGUGCUUGUGUUGGGUGGAGGUAUGAUAUUCACUUUCUAUAAGGCACAAGGGCUCGCGGUUGGUUCUUCCCUUGUGGAGGAAGAUAAACUUGACCUUGCAACAUCCCUUCUUGAGAAGGCCAAGUCUAAAGGAGUGUCUCUGUUGCUCCCUUCUGAUGUCGUCAUUGCCGACAAGUUUGCACCAGAUGCUAACUGCAAGGUUGUUCCAGCAUCUAGUAUUCCUGAUGGGUGGAUGGGAUUGGAUAUCGGACCAGAUUCCAUAAAGUCAUUUAGUGAAGCUUUGGAUGCUACCAAAACCAUCAUAUGGAAUGGACCUAUGGGUGUGUUUGAGUUUGAGAAAUUCGCUGCAGGCACAGAGGCGAUCGCAAAAAAACUAGCAGAGCUUAGUGGGAAGGGAGUGACGACUAUCAUCGGAGGUGGUGACUCGGUUGCAGCAGUGGAGAAGGCUGGGCUUGCUGACAAGAUGAGCCACAUCUCCACUGGUGGUGGUGCCAGUUUGGAGCUUCUGGAGGGGAAGACACUUCCCGGAGUGCUUGCAUUGGAUGAUGCUUAGCCUAGUUGUUUUGUUGUGUUGUAAACCAGAGCCAAAUUAUAAUGUAUGUCAUGUCAUAAAGCUGUUGUUUCAGACUUUGAAUUUUGAAAUGAAUAAGUUGUCCUCCAGCCAUCAUUGGAGUGGUUUUGAAUUCA